UGUCACGCACAUUAUUUUUCUCAAUUUUCUGCUCUGCUCGAAUUUUAUUUUCAUAUCUCCUGGCCAGAGCUGAACCACGCAGGGUGACGAAAAGUUUGCAAACCGAAAAAGUUUCCUCUGGAUUUUUCAUUUUCUCGUUGAAUCCCGGAUUCCGAACGUACUUCUCAAGUCAUCAUGAGCGCUAGGAACAUCGCCCGUCUGGCCGUGCAGAGCACCCGUCAGUUCUCCCGCACUUCGGCCGCUUCGUCCGGAGAGGUCGCCGAGGGCUACAAGCAGCUGAAGCACAUCCAGGCCAAGUUCCAGAAACCCGAUGGCAAGCCGGUGCACCUGAAGGGAGGCCCCGUUGACCAGGUGCUGUUCGGGACGACCAUCGUGCUGUCGUUGGUCGGUCUGCUCGGAAUCGGUAAGCUGAUCUUUGAGCUGAGCUACCCGGCGAAGCAGGACGAGUAAGCUCGCCUUAGUAUAAGUACCGAAAAGUUACACUCCGAAAAAAAAAGAAAUGUAGUCGAAAUUGUCUCAAAACCGGCAUUUAGUUGCCCCUUUGAAUUGGAUUUCUAGUGAAACAACUGAUUGGAUCGAUACGGGAUUUGAGUCGUGGGAGGGGGGUUUCUUCCCGCCUCGGGUCCACGAUUUCAACCAACGAAUAAUUCCAUUUUGAAUGCAGUUAAAAGUGUCUCCCCCUGUUUCCUACAUCCCCGUGAUCUUUGUGUUGAAUCCUUCUCGGAACAAACUUAAUGUAUUUAAAGAGAAAGCUGUGCAUUUAAAUGACCGCAAGGCGAAUAAAUGUUUGUUUUGAACAAUGUGGCCAGGA